AUGAGGCCCCACCUGCCGAGGCUCGGUCACCUGGGCCGCGCUGCCCGCUGGCUCGUGCUUCUGGCCGGGCUGAUUUUCCUCCUGUUCACCCUGUCCGCCCUCGUGAAGGAACCGAGUACAAAGCCCACCAGGCAUCACAGGACAGAGGACACUGAAGAGCGGUCAGGGCGGCCACUGCAGGAGACCACGGCCCCGGCGCCCCCCGGGGACAGGAGGGCCCCCACCCACGCAGGAUCCGCGCAGGAGAGCAGCACGCUGGACACGCACCCUGAGGCCAGGGGCCACACGGAGGCCACAGGCCACACGGAGGCCACGGGCCACACGGAGGCCACGGGCUAUACAAAGGCCACGGGCCACACGGAGGCCACGGGCCACACGGAGGCCACGGGCUACACAAAGGCCACGGGCCACACGGAGGCCACGGGCCACAUCGCGGCCAGGACGCCCGGCACGGCCAGGACGGCACUGUUCAGGAGUCAGGGCACCACGGUGGGCACGCCGUCCCCGCGCAGUCGGGCCGGGGGGCCGGCCCCCCCUGGGACAGGGGCACCGCGGGCUCUGGAUGCGAGGACAAGCGAAGGGAGGAGGGACAAGAACGAGACGCCGACAGCCGCGGGGACAGUGCCGGCGCAGCCUCAAGCACCCCCGGCAGGGACGCCCAUGCCGGAACGUCGGGCCGCGGUGCCGGCCCCCACGGGAGCAGGGUCACCCGCGAGGGCGACGGCCGCCCCACGCGCCGCCCCUUCCCGGAGCCCCACCGCGCGGACCACGCCCAGGCUGCGGGCCGCCAACUUCAAGGCCGAGCCCAAGUGGGAUUUUGAGGAGCAGUACAGCGUGGACGUGGGGGGCUUGCAGACGACCUGCCCCGACUCCGUGAAGGUGAGAGCCUCCAAGUCGCUCUGGCUCCAGCGCCUCUUCCUGCCCAACCUCACCCUCUUCCUGGACUCCACGCGCUUCAACCAGAGCGAGUGGGAGCGCCUGGAACACUUCCCCCCGCCCUUCGGCUUCAUGGAGCUCAGCCACGCCCUGGUGCAGGAGGUCGUGACCCGCUUCCCUCCGGUGGCCCAGCAGCAGCUGCUCCUGGCCGACCUCCCUGCGGGGAGCACCCAGUGCGUCAGCUGCGCCGUGGUGGGCAACGGGGGCAUCCUGAACGACUCCCACGUGGGCCAGGAGAUCGACGGCCACGACUACGUGUUCCGAUUGAGCGGCGCCGUCACUAAGGGCUACGAGCAGGACGUGGGCACGCGGACCUCUUUCUACGGCUUCACCGCCUUCUCCCUGACGCAGUCCCUGUACCUGCUGGGCAGCCGGGGCUUCCGGCACGUGCCUCUGGGGAAGGACGUCCGCUACCUGCACUUCCUGGAAGGCACCCGGGACUACGAGUGGCUGGAGGCGCUGCUCCUGAACCAGACCUUCAAGAGGGGCAGUCUCUUCUGGUUCAGGCAGAGGCCCCAGGUGGCCUUCCGCGAAGCCCUGCGGCUGGACCGGUACCUGCUGCUGCACCCGGACCUGCUGCGCUACAUGAAGAACAGGUUCCUGCGGUCGCGCACCCUGGACACUGCGCAGUGGCGAAUCUACCGGCCCUCCACCGGGGCCCUGCUGCUCCUCACGGCCCUGCAGCUCUGCGACAAGGUGAGCGCCUACGGCUUCAUCACCGCGGGCCACGAGCGCUUCUCCGACCACUACUACGACCGGGCGUGGAAGCAGACGGUCUUCUACAUCAACCACGACUUCGGCCUCGAGAGGGCGCUCUGGAAGCGGCUGCACGACGAGGGCAUCAUCCGGCUGUACCAGCGCCCCGUGGAGCCCCAGCGGAGGGUCUGAUGGGCCCCUCGGAG